AUGGUACUGGAACAAAAGCGUGGCACCCUGAACGUGAACUACAGUGAUCGGCUGCUUAGACUCCUCAAAGAGGUACCAUGUUCUUUUUGGAAUUUUCUAUUCAGAAAUGGUGAGCUGUCAGUUUGUUCAGGUCCGUCAACUUGCAAGUCUAGGGCUGAAUAUUCCAUCGAAAAUCAUCAACUGUGUAAAUCAGGGUGA